AUCUCUCGUGCCGUCUACGGGUAGGUCUAUAUCAAGAGCAGCACACGGCGUUAAGUUAGAUAUCUAAGGUAACUCCAGUAUGGCGUCCCGGAUAAUCGCCGUGCUGUCGUGCUGCCUCGCCGUGUCUCUCGGGGCCGACGUUGUCAGGCAGAUCACAGUCUGUACUUACAAGGGCAAGACGUACCAACAGGGGCAGACAUGGACUGAGGGCUGCGAGGAGAGCUGCGAAUGUGUCGACGCUUCUAAAGGCUACUACAAAUGCAAAUCGCUAUGCCAAGUUUACAGCAAUCUGCCUCCGAACUGCCCCCUGACCAAGGCCCCAGGGGAGUGCUGCAGUAAGCCCUCGUGUGGCUUCACCGGUACUGGGGGCACCUCUACUGGCACUGGACAAGGGCAAAUGACCGGAACAGGCACAGUCAACUGUGUGGAUAAACUCACCAACUGCAAGACCUAUGGCACCACCACUUGUAACGACCCUCAAUACGCCACGUGGGCGGCCGAGAACUGCGCCUUGACCUGCAUGAAAUGUGGUACAAUGACGGGAACUGGAACCGGAACUGGAACGAUGACAGGAACUGGAACUGGAACGAUGACAGGAACUGGAACGAUGACAGGAACUGGAACCGGAACUGGAACGAUGACAGGAACUGGAACCGGAACUGGAACGAUUACAGGAACUGGAACAGGAACCGGCAACUGUGUGGACAAACUCCCCAACUGCAAGACCUAUGGCACAACCACUUGUACCGACCCUAAAUACGCCACGUGGGCGGCCGAUAACUGCGCCUUGACCUGCAUGAAAUGUUAUGGGAUUGGAACUGGGACGGGUACAGGAACAGGAACAAUAACUGGAACCGGAACUGGAACAAUAACUGGCCCUGGAACUGGAACUGGUACCGGAACAAUCACUGGACCUGGUACUGGAACCGGAACCGGAACGAUUACAGGAACCGGAACAAUCACUGGAACUGGUACUGGUACCGGAACAAUCACCGGACCUGGUACUGGAACCGGAACCGGAACUGGAACUGGAACAGGUUACUGUGUGGAUAAACUCACCAACUGCAAGGAUUACGACACCAGCAAGGUCUGCAGUGGAGAGUACCAGCAAUGGGCAAUCGACAAUUGUGCCUUGACCUGCAUGAAAUGUACUGGAACAGGAACAAUUACUGGACCUGGCACUGGCACCGGAACUGGAACAAUCACUGGACCUGGAACUGGAACUGGAACUGGAACAAUCACUGGAACUGGAACUGGAACUGGAACUGGAACUGGAACAAUCACUGGACCUGGAACUGGAACCGGAACCGGAACCGGAACCAUCACUGGACCUGGAACUGGAACUGGAACCGGAACCAUCACUGGACCUGGAACUGGAACCGGAACCGGAACCAUCACUGGACCUGGAACUGGAACUGGAACCGGAACCGGAACAAUUACAGGACCUGGAACUGGGACAAUUACAGGAACUGGAAUAGGUAACUGUGUGGAUAAACUCACCAACUGCAAGGAUUACGACACCAGCAAGGUCUGCAGUGGAGAGUACCAGCAAUGGGCAAUCGACAAUUGUGCCUUGACCUGCAUGAAAUGUACUGGAACAGGAACAAUUACUGGACCUGGCACCGGCACUGGCACCGGGACAAUAACUGGACCUGGCACCGGCACUGGCACCGGGACAAUAACUGGACCUGGAACCGGAACUGGCACCGGAACAAUAACUGGACCUGGCACCGGAACAAUAACUGGACCUGGCACCGGCACUGGCACAGGAACAAUCACUGGACCUGGAACCGGAACUGGAACAAUCACUGGACCUGGAACCGGAACUGGAACUGGAACAAUCACUGGACCUGGAACUGGAACCGGAACUGGAACUGGAACCAUCACUGGACCUGGAACCGGAACCAUCACUGGAACUGGGACAAUUACAGGAACUGGAACAGGUAACUGUGUGGAUAAACUCACCAACUGCAAGGAUUACGACACCAGCAAGGUCUGCAGUGGAGAGUACCAGCAAUGGGCAAUCGACAAUUGUGCCUUGACCUGCAUGAAAUGUACUGGAACAGGAACAAUUACUGGACCUGGCACCGGCACUGGCACCGGAACAAUCACUGGACCUGGCACCGGCACUGGAACAAUAACUGGACCUGGAACCGGAACUGGAACUGGAACUGGAACUGGAACCAUCACUGGACCUGGAACUGGAACCGGAACCGGAACCAUCACUGGAACUGGAACCGGAACUGGAACAAUCACUGGACCUGGAACCGGAACUGGAACUGGAACCAUCACUGGACCUGGAACUGGAACCGGAACGGGAACAAUCACUGGACCUGGAACUGGAACCGGAACGGGAACAAUUACAGGAACUGGAACAGGUUACUGUGUGGAUAAACUCACCAACUGCAAGGAUUACGACACCAGCAAGGUCUGCAGUGGAGAGUACCAGCAAUGGGCAAUCGACAAUUGUGCCUUGACCUGCAUGAAAUGUACUGGAACAGGAACAAUUACUGGACCUGGCACCGGCACUGGCACCGGAACAAUAACUGGACCUGGCACCGGCACUGGCACAGGAACAAUCACUGGACCUGGCACCGGCACCGGAACUGGAACAAUCACUGGACCUGGAACCGGCACCGGAACUGGAACAAUCACUGGACCUGGAACCGGAACUGGAACUGUUACUGGAACCGGAACUGGAACAGGCGCAUGCGUGGACAAGAUGCCGAACUGUGCUCAGUUCGGAAAGGCUGUUUGUACCCAGGCAAUGUACGCGCAAUGGGCGAUCAACUCAUGUCCGCUGUAUUGUAACAAAUGUCAAGUAGGUACAACUGGUACCGGAACUGGAACCGGCACUAUUAUCUACCCCGGAACAGGAACUGGAACUGGAACAAUAACUGGACCCGGAACCGGAACUGGUACUGGAACAGUAACUGGACCUGGAACUGGAACCGGAACCGGAACCGGAACUGGAACAAUUACUGGACCCGGAACUGGAACUGGAACUGGCACAAUGACCGGCACCGGAACUGGUACUGGCACAAUUAUCUACCCUGGAACCGGAACCGGAACUGGAACUGGUACUGGUACCGGCACUGGACCUGGUACAGGAACUGGAACUGGAACCGGAACCGGAACUGGCACGAUCAUAUAUCCAGGUGGAACAGGCACCGGAACUGGUACUGGCACAAUUAUCUACCCUGGAACCGGAACCGGAACCGGAACUGGAACUGGUACCGGAACCGGAACUGGCACGAUCAUAUAUCCAGGUGGAACAGGUGCUUGCACGGACGUGAUCCAAAACUGUGCUGCGUUCGGCACGUCUGUUUGUUCUGAAGCUACCUACGCUGUAUGGGCCAAGGCCAACUGCGCCAAGACUUGUAACCUUUGUUCCCAAACUGGAACCGGUACUAUGACGGGAACUGGAACCGGUUCUAUGACGGGAACUGGAACCGGGAGCGGAACCUUUACAGGAACAAGUUCUGGCUGUGCGUUCAAAGGUCAGGUCUACCAACAGGGACAGGCAUUUGUAGAUGGAUGCAAGCAGAGAUGUACGUGCCAGGACGCUAAGACCGGCCGAUAUACAUGUGACGAUCUGUGCUAUGACUUCACACUACCAGCAUCAUGCACCAUGUUGGCUCCCAAGCCCGGCAAGUGCUGCAAGACUCCCAGCUGCCCCUCCAGUGUGACCAUCAGCUACCCACCAGGCUACAAGGAGGAGUGAAGCAUGCCCCCUUCACAUUUUGUAUUGUGCAAUAAACUCAUUAAUAAUU